GAAUCGCACCCGCGUGCAAGCUAAAUCUGUCCAUCUGGAAAAUCCACAGAUUCCCAGGACGGACAGCAAGAUGCUGUCCAUGUCAUACAGCGGGAGCUUAAAAAGCGUGCUCAGUAGGUACCACUCGGACUGGGGCAUUAACCAGGUCCAUCAGGUGGAUGUGGUGGAGCUGCAACGCCUCCGAGAUGUCAGGGUGGCGGCACACGCCAAGAACAUGGAGGAGUUCCUCAAAAUGCACGGGCUGUCCUUGGACGACUGCACCGCUCGCAAGACGGGCAUGAGAUAUAGAAACCUGGGAAAGUCCGGCCUAAGAGUGUCCUGCCUUGGCUUAGGAACAUGGGUGACAUUUGGAGGUCAGAUCACCGAUGAGAUGGCAGAGCAAUUGAUGACGCUGGCUUACGACAAUGGAAUUAACCUUUUUGAUACAGCUGAAGUUUACGCUGCAGGAAAGGCAGAAGUAGUAUUAGGAAACAUCAUCAAGAAGAAAGGUUGGAGACGGUCCAGUUUGGUUAUUACAACCAAAAUUUUCUGGGGAGGAAAGGCAGAAACUGAAAGAGGUUUAUCCAGAAAACAUAUAAUUGAAGGUUUAAAAGCUUCUCUAGAAAGACUACAGCUAGAAUAUGUGGAUGUUGUGUUUGCUAACCGUCCUGAUCCCAACACUCCAAUGGAAGGAGACCCAUUUAGUUCCUCCAAGUCGAGAACAUUCAUCAUAGAAGAAACCGUUCGAGCCAUGACGCAUGUCAUUAACCAAGGAAUGGCAAUGUACUGGGGCACCUCACGAUGGAGCUCUAUGGAAAUAAUGGAAGCAUACUCCGUAGCACGGCAGUUUAAUCUGAUCCCUCCCAUCUGUGAACAAGCCGAAUAUCACAUGUUUCAAAGGGAGAAGGUAGAAGUCCAACUUCCGGAGCUGUUCCACAAGAUCGGUGUAGGGGCUAUGACGUGGUCACCGCUGGCUUGUGGGAUAGUUUCUGGAAAAUAUGACGGUGGAAUUCCACCAUAUUCCAGAGCAUCACUGAAGGGUUAUCAGUGGUUAAAGGACAAGAUAUUGAGUGAAGAAGGAAGACGGCAGCAAGCUAAACUGAAAGAGCUUCAAGCCAUCGCAGAGCGUUUGGGCUGCACGCUUCCACAGUUAGCCAUUGCCUGGUGUCUGAGAAAUGAGGGCAUCAGUUCGGUGCUGUUAGGAGCUUCUAAUGCUGACCAACUCCUGGAGAAUAUUGGAGCAAUACAGGUCCUUCCAAAACUAUCGUCUUCUAUUAUACACGAGGUUGAUAGUAUUUUAGGCAACAAGCCAUAUAGCAAAAAGGACUACCGAUCCUAAUGCAGGAAGCUGUAUUUCUGGACUGUCCUAGUUCUGCUCCAGUUCUUCUACUUGCUUGCUUUAAGCUUUACUCAAUCCAAGUGGAGUGUGGUCGUAUCAACAAAAAAAGAAAAAACACAACAUUUCCAGAAAACUGUUCAAAAAGUAUUAUAAAUGUGAAAAUACCAUGCGCUUAAUGUAUCCAAAUCUCUGCUAAUUUGUUUAGCUGCACAGCAAGUAGUUACAUAGGGCGGGCACUGUCUGUGGAAGCAGGAUACCU